UAUAAGAGCGCUCCCGCCACGGUCACACUGACUAACAAAAAGUUGUUCGACUUGAACGAACGCGCAUUUCGUGGGAAUUUAACUUGGUGAUAAUUUAAAGGCGAAGACGGUACAGUGAAGCAACAUCAAGAUGGACUGCGGCACGUCUAUGGUCAAAUACAUCCUCUUCAUAUUCAACACCAUUGUGUCGAUUAUCGGCAUCUUGAGCAUUGUUUAUGGCGUGCUGAUUCUGAAAAGCAUCGGUACAAUCGAAGUUAAUGGACAAGUGGGCUUCCCGCCACAGGCUCUCAUGCCGAUCAUUCUUAUCAGCUUGGGCUCGAUUGUGGUCUUCAUUUCAUUCCUGGGAUGCUGCGGUGCCAUUCGCGAAUCCGUCUGCAUGACCAUGAGCUAUGCCGUCUUCUUGCUGAUCCUGCUGAUCCUGCAGCUGACGCUCGUUAUUCUGCUGUUUACCAACAAGGAGAAGUUUGAGAACGCAAUGGGAAAAGUUAUCGAGAAUGCAUGGAUGGCAGACUCUACUCAUAAGGAUGGUGUCUUCGAUACCAUUCAGAAAUCGUUGCACUGCUGCGGAUCAAGCUCUGCUCUGGACUAUGUUGCCAAGGGAGAACUGCUGCCCUCCAGUUGUUGCAGCGGCUCGUGCCUGAACCCGGCCAACUACUACCCGGGAUGCCGUGGAAAGUUCAUCGAAUUAAUGACCGCUGGAUCUGAGAACGCUAAAUAUGUGGGCAUCGGCCUCAUCGGAGUGGAGCUGAUCGGCUUCAUCUUUGCCUGUUGCCUGGCCAACAAUGUGCGUAACUACAAGCGCCGGAACGCCUACUAAGCCAUAGGUGCAUCCAUCAACCACAUCUAGAGGCACACUCACAUCCAGUAGCACACACUCCUCACAUUCUCAUUAACUUUUACAGUCGUUGAACGCACUUACACAAAGGGAUACAAUAACACCUUGAAAUAAGCCAUUUAAGUGGAUAUUUGUUACGGAAAAAACAAGAAGAAGCUUAGUUUAAGGCGAUAUGAAACGCUUACAUUUUUGAUAUCCUACGUAUUUCUGGUAAAAUUCGUUUUGUACCUAACGAUCGAACGAGCAGACAAAGCUAUUUCCAAAGCCUUUGUACAAACGUUUUACUUAUAAAACCGAAUCCCCACAGAUUAACAACAUAAACACGUUAAUAAUGAUAUAUUUGUUUAAAACUAAGGAUAUAAUCUAUAAACUGUUGAGAGCCCCAAUGCGAAAAGAAAUAUAAAUUUGUAAUAAACAUAUGUAUAUACUGGUAUAUAUGUUUGUAAGUACAUUGUUCAUUCGAUUCAUAUUUGUAAGGAGAAUCUCCGGGAAAGAUUUCAGUUUGAAAAUAGCGUCAACAAUCGAGAGCUCGAAUUGCAUAAGAAAUUUAUGAAUAAAGCAUUUACUAUGUA